CACGGGCCUACAAAUCAUUCACCGUAACCACCAUCACUACGCGCUGGUUUACUGCCGAUCGUCAUAACAAGUACAACAAACCGUUGAAGGAUAAUUAGAACCAAUGGACUCGCCAGAAAGCAACAAGCUUGCAUCGUAUUUCGACCGAAGCGCUUCGUCAGUUCAGGCAUAUGCUACCAAGCUAGAGUUUGGGUAUGCUCGACCCGCAUUUCAAGCGUCUAAGGGCUAUUUCGAGGAGUUUCCUGUGCUCUCGAUAUUCCUUUUUGCAUUUGGACUCCUUAGUCUGUUUCCGAUCCUAUUUCUCUUGGGCAUAAUAGCAUUUUCUAUCGUUGGGAUCAUUUUCUUUGCUGUAGGCUUAGUCUUGGUCAUCUCUCUGGCGAUUAUUCUUGUAUUAGGGUCGAUUCUGAUUCUCACCCUCUUUGUCAACGUCUGCAUUGCUGCAUUCCUCACAAGUAUGCUGGUCUCAGCAUACUUGCUCAUACGACUUCUCACAUUAGUACGUCAACACGGCCUUGACGGGUUCAACGCAUGGGCAACCGAAAUACGGGGAUAUAUUGUUCAAACUUUGAAUGGCGUUGUCCUUGAUCAAGAGAACGAGAGUGUGGGUUCCUCGGAAUCUUCCAAAUCGAUGGUGGUAGUGGAGGAAAAGAAAGACUCAUCACCAAUCGUUAGCGAGGAGGAAGCGUCCUAGACUAGUUAGGUCGUUCCUGGACAGUUGCAUCAGUGUAAUAAUACUCAUUGACAGUUUCGGAUGAUCCAAGGUUGAGGUUGUGCACAACUUCAAUUGAGAUGGUUCAUACCCAUUCCGAUGUUCAACCGUUAUGGACCGCCUUCUCAAGUUCAAAACCGAGAAAGAGGCAUUUGCUCGGACGGUCGAAUUUCAAUUGUAUAAAAUAAACAGGAAGCUCAAUUGACACGACUCUCAAAGCACUAUGGCUUGUCGAUCGUAUUUCGCUGGAACAUUGUUACUAUUUGCAGGCAUUGCAUUCGC